AACUGCUUUCAGUAAUGCUUACUUUGGACAAGGAACAGGUAGUAUUGUCAUGGAUGAUGUAGAGUGUACUGGAACUGAAUCCACUCUUACAAGCUGCAUUCACACUACCAAUCACGACUGUUAUCAUGGUGAAGAUGCUGGAGUAAGAUGCACUGCUGCUACCAAUGGAGCCCUAAUUCUCUCUCGUUAUAAUAUAACAUCAACCUCUUAUUACUAUGGAACAGUUAGAGUAUAUUAUAAUGGAUGGGGUAAUAUCUGUGAUGAUUAUUAUUAUAAUUCAGUUGAAGCUAAUGUCAUUUGUCAUCAGUUGGGAUACACUGGAGCUUCAAGCUACUCAAGAGCUGGACUUGUCAGCUACGGCACAGACUACCUCUUUAUGAAAUGGGAUGAUGUUAAUUGUGCCAGUAGCAGCUAUUUAUCUAUUGCUCAAUGUUCCUACUCUACUUCCAUUGAUAGUGGCUGUACUAAUAGUAACAGUUAUGAUGCUACUGUCUACUGCUAUACUACUAGAAUCUGGAACAGUAAUCCAUUUCCUGGUAUGAUACGUCUUCAAGGAGGAGCUUAUUCUAACGAAGGACGUGUGGAAGUGUAUUGUAAUGGACAGUGGGGGACAAUAUGCAGUACUGGGUUUGGAACUACUGAUGCUAACACCAUUUGCAAGCAACUGGGAUAUGACAGCUAUUACAGAUAUAAUCACCUGUCAAUAUCCAGUGGUAGCUCUAGUCAGCCAAUAUGGAGUACUAAUAUGUACAGUACAUCAAGUGAUAGGUGUUAUGGUACUAGAAACACUUGUCCAUCCUCUUCAGUGACUACUUGUUCUCAUAGUAAUGAUGUUACAAUCAGUUGCAGAGAGUACUCCUCCUCAUCUCGUCAAACUGUAACUUCUUCAACUUGUUCAAGUCUUUUAGGUAAUUCUGCAAAUGGAGCUCUGAUUCUUUCUCGUAGUAAUACACCAUCAACCUCUUAUUACUAUGGAACAGUUAGAGUUUAUUAUAAUGGAUGGGGUAAUAUCUGUGAUGAUUCCUAUUAUGGUUCAGCUGAAGCUAAUGUCAUUUGUCAUCAGUUGGGAUACACUGGAGCUUCAAGCUACUCAAGAGCUGGACUUGUCAGUUAUGGUACAGACUACCUUUCUAUGAAAUGGGAUGAUGUUAACUGUGUCAGUAGCAGCUAUUUAUCUAUAGCUCAAUGCUCCUACUCUACUUCUAUUGAUAGUGGCUGUACUAAUAGUAACAGUUAUGAUGCCACUGUCUCUUGCUAUAUUAAUAGAAUCUGGAACAGUAAUCCAUUCCCUGGUAUGAUACGUCUUCAAGGAGGAGCUUAUUCUAAUGAAGGACGUGUGGAAGUGUAUUGUAAUGGACAGUGGGGGACAAUAUGCAGUACUGGGUUUGGAACUACUGAUGCUAACACCAUUUGCAAGCAACUGGGAUAUGACAGAUAUUACAGAUAUAAUCACUUGUCAAUUUCCAGUGGUAUUUCUACUCAGCCAAUAUGGAGUACUAAUAUGUACAGUACAUCAAGUGAUAGGUGUUAUGGUACUAGCAACGCUUGUCCAUCCUCUUCAGUGACUACUUGUUCUCAUAGUAAUGAUGUUACAAUCAGUUGCAGAGAGUACUCCUUCUUAUCUCGUCAAACUGUAACUUCUUCAACCUGUUCAAAUGUUGUGCUUAGUAAUCCUGCUAAUGGAGCCAUAAUUCUUUCUCGUUAUAAUGUAUCAUCAACUUCUUAUUACUAUGGAACAGUUAGAAUAUAUUAUAAUGGAUGGGGUAAUAUCUGUGAUGAUUCCUAUUAUGGUUCAGCUGAAGCUAAUGUCAUUUGUCAUCAGUUGGGAUACACUGGAGCUUCAAGCAACUCAAGAGCUGGACUUGUCAGUUAUGGUACAGAUUACCUUUCCAUGAAAUGGGAUGAUGUUAACUGUGCCAGUAGUGGCUAUUUAUCUAUUGCUCAAUGUUCCUAUUCUACUUAUAUUGAUAGUGGCUGUACUAAUAGUAACAGUUAUGAUGCUACUGUCUCCUGCUAUACUACUAGAAUCUGGAACAGUAAUCCAUUCCCUGGUAUGAUACGUCUUCAAGGAGGAGCUUAUUCUAAUGAAGGACGUGUGGAAGUGUAUUGUAAUGGACAGUGGGGGACAAUAUGCAGUACUGGGUUUGGAACUACUGAUGCUAACACCAUUUGCAAGCAACUGGGAUAUGAUGCCUAUGAUUCAAUUAGUUACAUAUCAUCAUAUAGUAAUUACAGUCAGCCAAUAUGGAGUGUUAAUAUGUACAGUACAUCAAGUGAUGUGUGUUUUGGUAGAAGUAACAGUUGCCCAUCCAGUUCUGUUUCAAGUUGCACUCACUAUAAUGAUGUCUCUAUUACAUGCAGAGAAAGAUAUUCCAGCACAAGAUAUACUUCAAGUGCAGCUACAUGUGCCGGAUUAAUAGCUUCAAGUUCUCCAAGUACUGGUACAAUAAUUUUUUAUCGUAAUGGAGUCUCCUCACCUUCUUACUAUUAUGGCAUUGUUCAACUUUAUUACAACAGCAGAUGGGGUAAUAUCUGUGAUGAUUAUUAUUAUGGUUCAGCUGAAGCUAAUGUCAUUUGUCAUCAGUUGGGAUACACUGGAGCUUCAAGCUACUCUAGAGCUGGAAAUGUUUACUAUGGAACUGACUAUAACCAAAUGAUAGUUGAUGAUGUUAGCUGUGUUAAUAGGAACUACCUGACAUUAUUACAAUGUUCCUUUUCUACUUACAUUGAUAGUGGAUGCACUAAUACUAACCAAUAUGAUGCUACUGUUUACUGCUAUAGUACUAGAAUCUGGAACAGUAACCCCUACUCUGGUAUGAUACGUCUUCAAGGAGGAGUUUAUUCUAAUGAAGGACGUGUGGAAGUGUAUUGUAAUGGACGGUGGGGGACAAUAUGUGAUGACGGAUUUAGUUCAACUGAUGCCAGGACUGUAUGCAAGCAGUUGGGAUACUCUUAUUAUUCAAGAUAUGAUCAUUUGUCACUUCCUGGUAGUUCCAGUCAGCCAAUAUGGUCUACACAAUUUUCAAGUAGUUCAUCAAGUACCUGCUUCAAUUCAAGGAAUUCUUGUCCUAGCUCCAGUAUUACAUCGUGUUCACAUUCUGAGGAUGUAACUGUUUCUUGUUUGUAUUCUUCAUCAUAUACCAAUACUGCUACACUAGGACACUGUAAUAUUGGCGACUCAGGAAAUACUAAUAUUGGAGGCAUUGUUGGAGGUACAGUUGGUGGUAUUACCAUACCAACAAUAGUUUGCAUAACCUGCUGCAUUAUUUGGUUUGUUGCUUCAAACAAAAAGAGGUCAACAGCUCGACUUCCUCCUCCUACAAGCAGCAGACCAGCCAUACAACUGAAUACGCUUUCAGGAUCACAAAGACAGUUCACAUCCACACAGCCACAGCAGUCUUCUCAACAACAACAUAGUACUAGCAAUAGCAAUAAUCCUUCAACAUCUUCUCAACAGCCACCACCAUUUGCACCAGGAUAUAAUUUUGGUGAUCCACAAGUUAUGGCAUUACCUAACCAGAGACCUGCUACUGAUUACCAGUAUCCUCCUGUGAUUGCAUUACAACAGAUACCUUAUCCAUCCAGUGGCUUCAAUGGUCCUGCAGAAGCAGAUCUUCGCUCAGGAGAGCCACCACGUUACGAUGAACUAUUUGGAAAAAAUAAUUAAUACAUCAUAAUUAAUGAUUGUGGUGACUAUUUUUUCAAACUUAGAUAGUUUUUGUGCAACCUUUCAUUUUCAUUUUUGUGCUGUUAAUUAUCAAACAAAUCUGCCGUUGCAUUAUGUAUGACUUUACAACAUGAA